AUGUUCGGUUUUAGGACUCCGGCGAAGAAGCCCACUGACGAGGUCCAGCAGAGGUCUCCUGAGUCUCCACCUAUCAGGAGGGCAGGGAGGGUGAGACGCAGCGUCGGCGAGUGGGAGACAGGGAAAGCUGGGCUUUCUUCUGGCUCCGACUCAACCCCGCCGCAGGCCGAGCCCCCGAAGGCCCCCAAGAAACCCGCGCCAGUGCGUCGGGCUUCCGUGGAGGCAGCAUCGGCGAGCUCACCCAAGCUGCCCGCCACUUUACCCGUCAAGGAAAGGACAGCCGAAGCCAGAGCCUGCCUGCAGAAGGCCAAGAUGUCUCUUGGCACAGCAAGAAACCUGCGCGGUGACAUCAAGACCGACGUCACGCAGGCUCUGGAUCGGCUGUAUCAGCUGGUAAAAGAGGCAGAGAUUGAAAGGAAGGGGAAGGCUCCGGCGAAGAAGGUGACCGAGCCUGAACCUGUAAAAGAGAAGAAAGCGGAUAGGGAGAAGGAAAGAGUAGAAGAGGAAGACAUACUAGCUGAGAUUAGAGAGAACAGGAGACUCCUGCUGGUAAAUAGUAAAAAGCUGGAUGAAAUUAAAGAGGAGACGGAGAAACAGAAGGUUAACAAUAGCGCGUUGACUACCUAUGCCAGCGUCGCGGCGUCCGUGCCCGGACAGCAGCGCCUGCCUGUUAGGUCGGCCCUGCACUCCAUCGUGGUCACGUCUAAGGACGCGAUGGAGACAGGGGAGGAGGUGCUGCGGAAGGUCAGGGACGCCGUCAACGCUAAGGAGGGAUGGGUGAAGGUCGACAGGAUACGAAAGGCUAAGAAUCAGAAAAUAAUAAUGGGGUGUAGUUCAGAAGAGGAAAGGAAGAAAGUGAAGGCAAGAAUCGAGGAUGGGGGCUCCUGGUCGCGGAGGACAUGA